AUGGCGUCCAACGGAAAUGGCAGCGUUGCGAACGGUAACGGAAGCGCUACCAAAGGACUGGCCAAGAUUCAGACGCACAAGAAGCAUAACGGGAUCUGCCACGACGAUAGCGUUCCCACCGUGAAGGCGCAGACUAUUGACGAGCUUCACUCACUGCAGAGGAAGAAGUCUGCACCCACCACACCCGUUACGGGGUCUCAGGCUCCCUUCGCCACCCUUUCGGAAGAAGAGCGUCAUAAGCAGCAACUGCAGUCCAUCAGUGCAUCCCUGGCCUCGCUGACCAGAGAAACAGGACCAAAACUAGUGAGGGGAGACCCAGCUAGGCAGUCAGACGCACCGAAGGUUACUCACGUGCAUCAUCAUGUCACUCCCACCAUUGCUGUCAGCGACAGUUCUUUGAAAUUUACCCAUGUCCUCUACAAUCUCUCCCCUGCUGAACUUUAUGAGCAAGCGAUCAAGUAUGAGAAAGGAUCAUUCAUCACUUCCACGGGGGCAUUGGCAACACUUUCAGGGGCCAAGACGGGUCGCUCUCCUAGGGACAAGCGCGUCGUCAAGGGUGAUCUUACUGAGGAUGAGCUUUGGUGGGGAAAGGGUUCCCCUAACAUCGAGAUGGACGAGCACACUUUCAUGGUGAACAGAGAGAGAGCUGUUGAUUACUUGAACUCCUUGGACAAGGUCUUCGUCAAUGACCAAUUCCUGAAUUGGGACUUGGAGAACAGAAUCAAAGUCCGGAUUGUCUCAGCCAGAGCUUACCAUUCAUUGUUCAUGCACAACAUGUGUAUCCGCCCCACUCCUGAAGAGCUGGAGAAUUUUGGUACUCCGGACUUCACUAUUUACAAUGCUGGACAGUUCCCGUGUAAUCGUUAUACUCACUACAUGACAUCCUCCACUAGCAUAGAUCUUAAUCUUGCUAGGAGGGAAAUGAUCAUCCUCGGCACCCAAUACGCCGGGGAAAUGAAGAAGGGUCUUUUCAGUGUCAUGCAUUAUCUCAUGCCUAUGCGUCAAAUCCUCUCCCUUCACUCUGGAUGCAAUAUGGGCAGAGAUGGGGAUGUUGCUCUCUUCUUUGGACUCUCAGGUACUGGAAAGACCACUCUUUCUACCGACCAUAAUAGGUAUUUAAUCGGUGAUGAUGAACACUGUUGGGGUGAGAAUGGUGUCUCCAACAUUGAAGGUGGUUGCUAUGCCAAAUGCAUUGAUCUCUCACGGGAGAAAGAGCCUGAUAUUUGGAAUGCGAUCAGAUUUGGCACAGUGUUGGAAAACGUGGUGUUUGAUGAGUAUGAUCGUGAAGUUGAUUACUCUGACAAAUCGGUUACAGAAAACACUCGUGCAGCUUAUCCCAUAGAGUACAUUCCUAAUGCGAAGUUACCCUGUGUUGGCCCUCACCCAAAGAAUGUCAUUCUUUUGGCAUGUGACGCAUUUGGUGUACUACCACCUGUGAGCAAGCUAAACCUGGCCCAGACCAUGUACCAUUUCAUCAGUGGAUAUACUGCAUUGGUGGCUGGCACAGAGGACGGUAUAAAGGAGCCACAGGCAACUUUUUCAGCUUGUUUUGGUGCAGCAUUUAUUAUGCUACACCCCACAAAAUAUGCAGCAAUGCUUGCUGAAAAGAUGCAGAAACAUGGUGCUACUGGAUGGCUUGUUAACACUGGUUGGUCUGCUGGCAGCUAUGGUCAGGGGAGUCGUAUUAAGCUACAAUACACAAGGAAAAUCAUUGAUGCUAUUCACUCCGGAAGCCUCCUGAAUGCAGAGUACAAGAAGACAGAAAUUUUUGGACUUGAGAUCCCCACCGAAGUGGAGGGUGUCCCUUCAGAAAUUCUGGACCCUGUGAACACAUGGUCAAACAAAAAGGCCUACAAGGAGACACUACUGAAGUUGGCGGGAUUGUUCAAGAAUAAUUUUGAAACCUUCACCAACUACAAGAUUGGCAAGGGCAACAACAACCUGACAGAAGAGAUUCUUGCCGCUGGUCCAAUCUUUUGA